CAGCUGAAGCCGUUCCAACGCCGCGCAGUCGACUUCUGCAUUUCGCGCCGAGGACGCAUGUUCCUCGCAGACGAAAUGGGGCUCGGCAAAACGCUGCAGGCGAUCGCUUGCUGCGCGCACUACCGCAAAGACUGGCCGCUGCUAGUGAUUUGCCCCUGCUCGUUGCGCUUGCAACAGCUAGAGCGUGUCAUCUUGCUGAGUGGAACGCCUGCGCUGAACAAGCCCGUCGAGUUGCACUCGCAGCUUCAGCUGCUCUUUGCGGAGUUGUACUGGGUGCCCGGCGUGCUAAUCCAGGCGGAGGACCGCGUCUGCCGG